AUGAAUUCAGUGGUACUGCACAGGUUAUUACGUGCCGCAAGCGAAUGCAGUCUGCUGAAGGACGAUUGCUUCGACAGCAUCGCCGCUGAACUGGUGCCAUCAAUGCUGAAAAUUAUUCGUAAAAGUUCAUUCGCAGAAUGUCGCCGUUUGGCGGCAUUAGUAAUAGGCUGUUUGGGCGCUGUCGAUCCUGGGCGCAUCGGGCUAUCGUUGGCACUGGGCCCGAAUGGUGGCGCACAUCGAAACGAUGAUGAAUUUGUAUUUGUUAAUGCCGGAAAGCGGUUUUACGUUGAACUUCUUGAACAAGCAGCGAUCGCAUUUUCUGGAAUACUGGACGCAGGCGUGCAAGUGGAGUGUUCCUACAGUAUUCAGACUGUCCUGCGUGAACUGCUUGGAAAAAAUGGUGCGGAUAGGGCGAAUAUUUGGGGUCUGCUCAGUGAGCAGUGUCGAAAUUCGUUGUCAAUGCUUCGGUAUUCCAGUUUCACGUUGCAUCAACCAGCCCAGCAGCUUCCCACAAAAAGGUUUCAUUGCUGUGAGGAACAUCGUUGGCUGAGGAAUGAAAAAUCAGGGCGUCACGAUGAAGCGAGCUUCACUUUGAGUGACGAAAUAAUAACGGAUCCUACUUUCAGGCCUAUCAUAGAUUGUGAGGAAGCGAAAGAUUUCAAAAGUUGGAUGAAUCUUUGGUAUAAAGUAGCAGCUGGAAAUGUACGUGAUGCGAAACUGAAAGCCGUUUUCAGCGCUUCACAAGGACUGGUAAAUACAGAUAUUGUUUUUUCAAGCUUCAUUCUGCCCCAGUUGAUCCUGGAAAUUAUCAUCGAGCAUAAUAGGACAUGCAUGGCUGAGGUAAUUUUAUAUUCAAAACGGAUCUCUCUGCGAAAAGUUGAGUUGGAGAUAAUCUCAGUUUUGCGCCGGGCAAUCGUUGAUUCUGGAUGGCCCCAAUCGGCUGCCCAUCUUGUUUUUGCGGUCAUUGAUUGCUUAGAACGUUUCACGCAUCAUCGAAAAUCGUUAAAAAUCCGUUCGGAUUCG